AUGUGUUUGCUGCGCCUUUGGGUCCGAGAUGCUCUCAAAGUGCUGCUGGAGAUGCCGGGGCCCACUUGCAUAUUUCGGGUGUCUGCUGAGCUGCAGCAGCAGCGGCGGCAGCACCGGCUGCAGCUCGAAGACGAGGCUGCUGCUGCGUCGGACGCGGCUGUUGCUGCGGAAGCUGCUGCUGCCGUCGCUGCUGCAGCGAAGGUGCCGCCUGCUGCUGCAGACGGGGCGGCUGCUGCUGAGCAAGAGGAGCAGCAGCCGCUGCAGGCCGCCGCUGACGCGGAAGGGCGCGCGCUGCUGCAGCAGUCAGCAGCAGACCCGAACGAAGUGGAGGAGAGCUUUGCUGCGCUGCAGCAGCUCCAGCGGACGGAUGCUGAGGUGGCGCAGGAAGAGCCGCAGCUGCACGAGCAACCGCAGCAGCUGCUGCUGCCGGGAGCGGCAAUGGACCAGAUGGGCCAAGAAGCAGCAGAAGAAGACGCGGCGGUGGUCCGUCCAGUGGACAUUUCCGCAGUUGACAUGAGAGACGCAGCAGCAGCAGCUGCAGCAGCAGGGCCGGGGGACGCGGCGGGCGCGCGCGGCCGAAAAACAACGGCAGCAGCAGCGGCGGCGGCAGCAGCAGCGGCAGCAGCAGCAGCAGACCGAAGCACGAGAACCCGCAGCGGCGCACUAAGGACAGCUUCUGCAAGGGAUUUGCUGCUGAUGUCCAAGAAGCCAAACCUCCGAAAGGGCCCCUACAGCAGGGGCCCCCGUCCUGGGGGCCCCGGGCGUGGGCGCGGGCGUGGGGCGCAGCAGCAGGGCGCGGGGCCGCGGGGCUUCGUGGGGUCUCGCGGCGGUGCAGCGCAGCAGCAGCAGGCAGCAGCAGCAGCAGCAGCAGCGGCGGCGGCGGAGGACUACGACGAAGACCUGGCGGCGCAAAGGCGCAGACACGGCGAAGCCGUGGACGACAGUCUUCUGGGUUGCAUCGUGUGCUGCGGCGACCCCGCAGCAGCAGCAGCAGCAGCAGCAGCAGCGGAGGCGGAGGAGGAGCUGGAGGAGGAACUGGUGGUGGCGCUGCCGCAGGGGCUGGGGUGUAUGUACACCCGGACGCGCCGCCGCAAAGACGAAGGACUUCCCCUGGACCUCCUCGCGCUUUCUGUGCUGCUGGCAACAGGAGUUUUAUGUGGAUUGGGAUCUGUUGCAGAGUUGAGUUUGCUGGGGCGUUUGCUGGUGCGGCUGCAGGAGUGGGCUGCUGCGCUGCGGUUCCUCACGGAGACGCUGCCGCAGCUGCGCAGCAGCAGCAGCAGCAGCAGCGCAGCAGCAGCCGCCGCGCCGCCCGAGACCCUCCCCAGCGUCUCCAUCCGCGCGCUCCAGCUGCUGCUCACCGAAGCAAGGCCUUGCCCCCGCAUCCGCGUCCCCUGCAGCGUUGCAGCAGAGCGGCUGCUGCUCAAAGGGCAGCAGCUGCAGCAGCAAAUGGUCAGGGCCCUGCUGCAGGCCGAGCGCGACGCAGCGCAGCAGCUCAAGCAGCACGAGCUGCUGCAGCACGCCAGGCACCGCCGCGACCUCCUCCUCCAGCGCCAGCAGCAGCUCCUGCAGCUCCAGCAGCAGCAGCAGCAGCAGCAGCAGCAGCAGCUCCUGCAGCUGCAGGCGGGCGACGCCGCCGGGGACGCCGCACUGCGCGAAGAGCUGCAGCAAGUCGACGCCGUCCUGGCUGCUGCAGAGGCAGCCAACGCAGCAGCAGAAGCAGCAGUUGCCAGAAGCAACCAGCAGCUGCUCGAUCUGGAGCAGCAGCUGCACAGCAGCGGCAUCGGGGGCCUCCAGUAUGAGCCCUUAUUUCACGAACUUGUUGCAGCAUGUGCGUGGCAACGGGAAGCAGAGGCCCUUGCUGCUUGCAUCGAAAUGGAAUCCAAGGCCAGCCACCGCCAGCAGCAGCCGCAGCAGCUGCAGCAGCAGCAGCAGCAGCAGCAGCAGAGCAGCCACAAGUCGCUGCCCCCGGCCUACCGCAACACGGCCCAUCUGUGGCGGAUGGUUCAGGUGUACGAACCGCUGCGGCAGAAGUGCAACGCCCGCAUAAAGGCGCAGGAGGAGCUGCAGCAGCGGCUGCAGCAGCAGCAGCAGCAGCAGCAGCAGCAGGGGGAGCCGGGCGAAGGCCCCGCGGCUGCUGAGGAAGAGGCGAAGCAGCUGGAACUGGCGCCGCUGGCAGCCUGCAGCAAACGCUUCCUUGUUGUGGGAAUUCCCAUUCUUCAUUUGCUGCGGACAACUUUGGAAAAAGUUCUGGACUUUGAAAAGAAAGUUCGAGAGCUGCAGGUUGUGGGGCCGCUGCAGCAGGUGACGUUGACGGAGGGUGGUGCUGCUGGUGCUGCAGUGGUGCUGCCGGCCACCAAGGGGCCCGCCGUGCUGCUGCAGCAGAACCCCCAGCAGCAGCAGCAGCAGCAGCUGCAGCGGCUCUCCUGGGCCCAGUGGAUGGCUCUUGUCGACGGCGCCAACAACUUGGGGCUCGAUGUCGAAGCAGCAAGUCUUGUGAAGCAGCUGCAUGCGCGGGCUUUGCUGCUGCAGCAAAAGGUGCAGGAUGCUGCAGCAGGCCACCCAAUUGCGAGCCUCGAGGCUGCCCACGCCAUGGUGAGUGUCUUGUGCUACUUGCUGCUGCCGCUGCUGCGCCGCCUGCUGCUACUGCCGCUGCUGGGCGAGGAGCUGAUGCUGCUGCUUCUGGCUGCACGUUCCUGCCGCAGCGCGAAGCUGUUUGCUGCUGCUGCUGCUGCGCUGCAGCUUGUGGAGGCCUCAAGCCUGCCGGUGGAGACGGGGGGCAUUGCUGCAGUGUCUGCUGCUGUUGCUGCGGUUGACGCGUGGCAGCAGAAGGCAGAGGCGGCGCUGCAGCAGCUGCAGCAGCAGCUGCAGCUGCAGCAGCUGCAACAACGCUGCGGGCUGCCGCCGCAGCAGCUGCUACAGCUGCAGCAAAACCAAGCGCCAAGGACAGAUGCAUUGUGGGCUCUUGUAGAUGAGGCUUCAAGACUGCCAGUCCUCCCAGAUGGAAUCCCAGCAUAUAUCCGCCUCAAGAAGACUGCCGAGGAGGUCGACAAGAAGCUGCUCAGCGACAGGAACGUGGCGCAGCAGCUGCUGCUGCUGCAGCAGCUCAAGGAUGCUGCAGCUGCUCCUUCUGCGGACCCUGCGCUGCAACAACAGCAGCAGCAGCUACUGCUGCUGCAAAAGGGACUUCACUCUGCUGCUGCAGCAGCUGCUGCGUCGUCGGGGGAGCCGUCGGCGCUGCUGCAGACCCAGCAGCAGCA